AUGGAUUUUUAGGUAAAACUAAAAUUAAGCAUCUUAAUAUUGUUUGUACCUGUAGGGUUUAUUGCUUUACUACAAAUAAUAACAUUAAAUGUAAUAUUUAUUACAAACUUCUCUAAAAAAGCAGAACAAUUAUCAUUUGAAUUCUAUAAUGAAACCACUCAAACCACACUCAAAUUUCGCCAUUAACUCGAAACCAUAAAUUUAGCUAUCAAAGUUAAUGCAGCCUUUAUCUUAUAAGAUUUAAUGAACUCUAAUUAAAAAAUAGACCUCAAUCUAAACUUAUAAUAAAUCUAGGUCUUCCUUCAACCCAUUAUUCAUAGAGGCUUAUUAGAAAACUUUAAAAUUAUAUGCAACAAUUCUUUUGAAUAUGCAAUCAAACAUAUUGAAAGCAACUUUUAAAUUUGGAAUUCUACUGAUUAAGCCUUUAUUGAAAUAUAUUAGGAUUACUUUCGAUUCAUUAUAAGUGCCAAUAAUCAUCAUCACUGUAAUAUAUAAAUAUUCGAAUCUAUUUCUAAUUUAUUUGGUAAAGCCUACAGAUAUACUAAUUAUAAAUUAUUGCAAAAUCAAUUAAACUAUUUCAUGAUAAAUGAAUAAUUUUAUUAAUUUACUUUAAAUCAAUUCUUACCAAUUCAAAAGAACUUAUUAGAAGAUUAAUAUGGAGAUUUCGUACAACAAUUACUUAUUUAAUAAAACUUUGAUAAAAAUAACUGCUUACUCUAAAAUACUUUAAUAUAUAAUUUUACAACAAAUUAUUUCAUUUAUGGUUGGUUUUAUUCAAUACAAAAAUAACAUAUCAAAUGUGAAAAAUAAUACAUAUCAAAAUUUUUAGUCAUCAAGAUUUUUGACAUUGAAUAAUUUAAAUAAUUAGCAGGUUCAUCUGCAGAUGAAUCAAAUCAUAAUAUAUAUUUGAUUAUAGCAUAAACCUUCAUCAGUUUAACCUUCUUAUUUUAUGUAUGGACAAUAUCCAUUAAAGUUUCAAAUUCUUUUUGUCUCCCACUUUAACAAUUAGCCAUCCAAUUAUAAAAUCCUUUAUAGUCUCAUUUAGAUUCGAUUCCAUUUAAAUUACAAAAAUAAAAUUGUAAAGAAAUCAAUCAACUUUAAGAGAGUUUAUAAACUUAUAUCUAUUAUUAUCAACUUCUAAAAAAGUAACAUUCCUAUUCUGAUUAAGAUUAAGGAUCUAAUUAUUUAAUGACAUUAUCUUAACUUAGUUAAGUAUAUAAAUAUCAUAAAAAUAAUUGGUAAGUAAGUGUUUGUGCAAAUAAUAUUGCUUAAGUGCAUUAUAAAAACAAAAGAUAUGUUGAAGCACUUAAGUUUCAAGCAAAAUCAGUUAUUUUGGGAAUUGAAGAAUAUACUAGCAUUAAAUAGAUUGAAAAAAUAAGAAAAUAAUUAUUAAAUAGUUAAAAAACUAUAUUAUUUCAACUGAAAUAGAAAUUAAAGAGGUUUGUGAUUAAUAAAUUAGCUGGAAGUACUAAUAUUUUAUAAUCUGAACAUAUGAAUAGAUAUCGUUUUUAAUCUUUCAUUAUUCAAAAUUCUUAUAAAUACUCUGAAGGCUAAUAAAUAUAAUUAACUGAGAGAAUGGCUUAGAUCAAUAAUUAAUAUAAAAGUGAUAAUUCGUUGGAUAGAAUGAUUUUUUAAGAGGAAUUAGAAUUAAGAGAAGAUUAAUAUAAAGAAGAAAAACGAUUUUAUAAGUUAACUAUUUUAUUUAGGAAGUUUACAUUUUGCAGAAUGUUAUAUAAAUUUUGCAUAAAAGAAUAGCCUAGUUUUAUUAAUGAAGCUAUUUGCUCAUUUAAUGAAUUAUAUGAAGAGAUUUAAAAUAAAAGUUAUUCAGAAAAAAAAUCAAUAAUUGGAAUUAAAAUAUCAUUAUUAAUAAUGAAAUUUAGUUGUUUCUAAUAAUUAAAUUUAAUGGAGAGAGCUUAAGAAGAAUUAUAUUCAAUAAAAAUUCUUUAUUAGUAAUAUUUAAUGUCUGAAAAUACAAAAUUAGUUUUUAAUGGAUAUGACAUUUUUUCAUUGUAAUCAAAAGAGAUAAUUUAAAACGCCAUUAGAAAAUUAAAAAUCUGUGUAUUAAUAAAAAAUUAAGAAUUUUAAAUUGCUAGUGAGAAAUGUAUUAAGAUUAUAAAGAAAAAUAGUUAAAACAUUUAUAGAUUAAAUUCAUUUGCUUACAAGACAUUGUCAAGCAUUUUCAUGACACUGAAUCUUAAUUAAGAUGUAUUAUAAAAACUCUAUUUAGACAUUAAUUCAAGAAAGUUUAACCUUUUCUUUUUGAUAGACUAUUCAUCUAAGGUAUCUUUGGAAUAAAUUUAAGUAUCACAUUCUUUAUGUUCUUAUAUAAUGUAAAAGUUGAUAAAUUUAAGAGAAGUAGGAUUAUAUAUUUUUAAUGAUGCUCUUUAUGAGAUGUUACCAGCUUCUGAAUCUACUUAAUAUAGAAAAUUUCUUUUGAAAUAAUUAGAGAGAUUUUAAAUUCUAAAAGGAGGAGAAUGUAAAGUCUUUGAAUGUCUAUACGAAUUAUUAAAAUAUAAAUUGAAUACAAAACUAAAUAAGAAUGAAAUAAGAUAAUCUAGUUAAUAGAUUACAAUUUCAAAGAAGUAGGAGGAAUUUAAAUAAAUAAUGUAAAGUUUUGUAUGUAUAUUUUCUGAAUUUUCAACAAUAUUUGAUGAAGAUUUAUUGGAGAAGAUUCAGAUAUAAAUUUAAAAAGAUGAUAUAAAUUUGGUUAUUUUUAAUAUAGCAAAUUCUAAUCGUAAUCAUGCUUAGGCUUAGAGGUUUGCAAAAUAAAUGAAUGCUUAUUAUAUAGAAAGUGAUAUAGAAACAAUAGAAUGGAUUUCUCAUUUAAAUUAGUCUUCAAUGCCUAUUCAUGAAUAAGGUUAUCUUGAAUUUUUAUGA